CGAUGAGUUACCAAUGAAAUAGUAAAUCAUGAUUUCGUUAAUGUUCAUUAAAUUGCUUUUAAUAUUUGUGUCGAGUACAAUUUCACAGCAAACACUGCAAUGGAAUUUGGACAUAACUACAAGAAUUGUUGAGCCUUUAAUUCAAGAUUAUUCAGAACCAUGGACCAGUCAAAGAAUUCAAAAUCAAAUCUUCCAAUAUAAAACUCAUUUUGGUAUAAUAAUUAAACAAGGUACAACAUUUAAUUUAACGGUAGAAACACCUUCCGAAAUAGAAAAUUUAUAUUUUUACUUUCUUGCUGAUUUACCAUAUGAAAAAUUAAUCAUAUUAAAUCUUGCGGGAGGAAAAAAUAUCACAAAAACUUUAACAACAAAUUUUGAUGGCGUGCCUAUGAUAUCUGCUUCAAAAAAUGUUCCAGUACGGAUAAUAAUUGAAACCAAAAACUGGUUAUCAUUGCCAAUUUACAAUUCUAAUGAUGUAUUACUUUCAACAAUACAAGAAUAUCAGUCUGAAUUUUACAAAAAUGUAAAGAUUUACGGAUUUGUUGAAAAUUAUUACUCACAAAUGUUAUUGUCAGCAAAUGAUAUUGAUAAUCUAAAAUUGAUUAAUUAUAGUUUACAUCUUGGUUUAUAUAAACAGAGUAAUUUAAUACAGAAUUAUGAUUAUUCAACUAGAUUAAGUGCCAAUGAAGAUAAAAAUAAAGAAACUUUCAUGAGUGUAAUGGAUCGAACAACAUUAUUUAUACGUUCAGUAAAAUGUAACCAAGCUAAUUCUACACAAGUAUCUUCGCCAUCAAUUUUACAAAGUGAUAAUAAAUCUUUUAAUUCUACCAGCAAUCUAACUAUACAAAGAUGUCUGGAGACAAAUUUCAACCGUCAUUUCAUUUCUGGUAUAGAUUUUAGUAUAAAUCCUGAAAAUUUGCAAUCUACGAACAUAAAAGGAGAUUUGAAACCUAAUUCACCUUUGAUGUUGACAAAAGAAACGAAGGAAACCUAUGUUAAUGUUACUUUUACCAUUGAAUCACCAAUUGAUCUAACAAAUUCUUGUCUAUAUUUGAAUGACAAAUGUCACACUAUUGUUGGAAAAGUAAUGAUUAUCAAAUUAUUACCAGAUGUUUAUUCCGUUUAUGUAAAAGAACAAAUUCGUGGUAAAACGUAUAUCAGUGAUGUAAAGAAUCAUACAAUUUCACAACUUAUGUCGAUUAAUGUUGAAGUGCGAGAAGCUAAAACAGAAAUUUUACAGAAAAUUGAGAAUAAUUUAACAUAUGAAUUUGAUGCUUUGGGUUUAUCUGAUGUAGCCUUUCUAAAAAUAUUUAUAAAUUACAAGAACAUGACAAUAGAAUUAAAACAAUUGCUCAACAAUAUAAAUAAGAACUUUAAAUUAUAUUUUAUAAUCAGCUUAGAACGAAACGGUUUAUUUGUUUUUGAAUAUGAAUUCUUUGGUUCUCCCCAAAAUGAUCAAAACCUUAUUAAUGUGGUGGAGAAAUUUCAGUACAAUGAUAUAAUUCGUAUUUAUCAUGUCCAACCACGUCGCCUAAAGUCAAAUUUUGGAGGUCUUGAUAAUAGAUAUCAAAAUAACAAUUUUAUAUUGGCGCAUAAAGGUUUACAAAAAGUUAAUUACAACGAAACAGGAUUAAAGAAUGUAAAAUAUUUAUUUUAUGCUUUAGGCUAUGAUGAUAGGGUGUUCUUAAAAAUUUACAUAAAUUACAUGACAAUGACAAUAGAGUUACACCAAUUAAUUAACGAUAUACAUCAGAUGUUUCAAUUAUACUUUUCUAUUAGUUUAGAACGAAAUGGUUCGUCUAUUUUUGAUUAUAACUUCUAUGGUUCUCACCAAAAUGAUCAAAAGCUUAUUAAAUUGACAGAGAAAUUUCAGUUCAAUGAUAUAGUUCAUAUUUAUCAUGUCGAAGCAGAGCGUUUAAAUUCAAAUUUGGAAGGAUUUGAAAAUAAAGCACAACAUAAUAGUUUUCUUUUGGCAAAUAACGGUUUACAGAUUAUUCAUUACAAACACCCAGAAAAUUUGAAAACUACGGCCCUGAAUGGAGAUUUGAAACCUGAUACAAGUUUGAUGUUGACGAAUAAAACGAAGGAGACCUAUGUUAAUGUUACUUUUACCAUUGAAUCACCAAUUGAUCUAACAAAUUCUUGUCUAUAUUUGAAUGACAAAUGUCACACUAUUGUUGGAAAAGUAAUGAUUAUCAAAUUAUUGCCAGAUGUUUACUCCGUUUAUGUAAAAGAACAAAUUCGUAGUAAAACGUAUAUAAGUGAUGUAACGAAUUAUACAAUUUCACAAUUUAUGUCGAUUAAUAUUCAAGUGCGAGAAACUAAAAAAGAAGUAUCACAGAAAAUAGAGAAUAAUUUAAAAUAUGAAUUUGAUGCUUUGGGUUUAGAUAAUGUAGUCUUUCUAAAAAUAUUUAUAAAUUACAAAAACAUGACAAUAGAAUUAAAACAAUUGUUAAACAAUAUAAAUAAGAACUUUAAAUUAUAUUUUAUAAUCAGCUUAGAACGAAACGGUUCAUUUGUUUUUGAAUAUGAAUUCUUUGGUUCUCCCCAAAAUGAUCAGAAGCUUAUUAAUGUGGUAGAGAAAUUUCAGUACAAUGAUAUAAUUCAUAUUUAUCAUGUCGAACCAGGUCACCUAAAGUCUAAUUUUGAGGGUCUCAAUAAUAAAACACAAAAUAAUAAUUUUAUUUUGUUACAAAAAAAUUUACAAACAGUUAAUUACAUCGGAACAGGAUUAAAAAAUCUAAAAUAUUUAUUUUAUGCUCUAGGUAAUGGUGAUAGGGUCUUUUUGAAAAUUUAUAUAAAUUACAUGAAUACGACAAUAGAAUUACAUCAAUUACUUAACGAUAUUCAUGAGAAGUUUCAAUUAUACUUUUCUAUUAGUUUAGAGCGAAAUGGUUCUUCAAUUUUUGAAUAUAAAUUCUUUGGUUCUCCUCAAAAUGAUCAAAAGCUCAUUAAUUUAAAAGAGAAAUUUCAGUUCAAUGAUAUAAUUCAUAUUUAUCAUGUAGAACCAGAUCGUUUAAAUUCUAAUUUGGAAGGAUUUAAAAAUAAGGCACAAAGUAAUAAAUUUGUUUUAACAAAUAAAGGUUUGCAGACUAUUAAUAACAAACAAAUAGAAAAUUUGCAAAAUACGGUCGUGAAAGGAGAUUUAAAACAUGAUUCACCUUUGAUGAUGACAAAUAAAACGAAGGAGACCUAUGUUAAUGUUACUUUUACCAUUGAAUCACCUAUUGAUCUAACAAAUUCUUGUCUUUAUUUGAAUAAGAAAUGUCACACUAUUGUUGGAAAAGUAAUGAGCAUUAAAUUAUUGCCAGAUGUUUACUCCAUAUAUGUAAAAGAAAAAAUUCGUGGUAAUUCGUAUAUCAGUGAGGUACAGAAUCAUAAGAUUUCACCAUUUAUGACAAUUAAGGUUGAAGUAAAAGAAGUUCAAAAGGUAAUUUCACAGAAGAUAGAGAAUAAUUUAAAGUAUGAAUUUGAUGCUUUGGGUUUAUCUGAUGUAGUCUUUCUAAAACUAUUUAUAAAUUACAAGAACAUGACAAUAGAAUUACAUCAAUUACUUAAAGACAUUCAUGAUAAGUUUCAAUUAUACUUUUCUAUUUGUUUAGAACGAAAUGGAUCUUAUAUUUUUAAAUACAAAUUUUUUGGUUCUUCUCAAAAUAAUAAAAAGCUUAUUAAUGUUGUGGAGAAAUUUCAGUUCAAUGAUAUAAUUCAUAUUUAUCAUGUCGAACCAGAUCGAUUAAAUUCAAAUAUGGAAGGAUUUAAAAAUAAGGCACAAGAUAAUAAAUUUCUUUUGUCUAAUAAGGGUUUGCAGACUAUUAAUUACAAACACCCAGAAAAUUUGAAAACGACGGCCAUGAAAGGAGAUUUAAAACCUGACUCUUCUUUAAUGUUAAAGAAUAAAACUAAGGAAACCUAUGUUAAUGUUUCUUUUAUUAUUGAAUCGCCAAUUGAUCUAAGAAAUUCUUGUCUUUAUUUGAAUAAGAAAUGUCACACUAUUGUUGGAAAAGUCAUGAGCAUUAAAUUAUUGCCGGAUAUUUACUCCGUUUAUUUAAACGAACAGAUUCGUGGUAAAACGUAUAUCAGUGACAUAAAGAAUCAUAAAAUUUCACAGUCAAUGUCAAUUAAAGUUGAAGUAAGAGAAAUUCAAAAAGAAGUUUCACAGAAAAUAGAGAAUAAUUUAAAAUAUGAAUUUGAAGUUUUGGGUUUUGAUUAUAAGGUGUUUUUAAAAAUAUUUAUAUAUUACAAGAACAUGACAAUAGAAUUAAAACAAUUGCUCAACAAUAUAAAUAAGAACUUUAAUUUAUAUUUUAUAAUCAGCUUAGAACGAAAUGGUACUUCCGUUUUUGAAACUGAAUUCUUUGGUUCACCAAAAAAUGAUCAGAAGCUAAUUAAUGUGGUAGAAAAAUUUCAGUACAAUGAUAUAAUUCAUAUUUAUCAUGCCGAACCAGGUCACUUAAAGUCAAAGUUUGAAGGUCUUAAUAAUAAAACACAAAACAAUAAUUUUAUUUUAACACAUAAAAGUUUACAAACUAUUAAUUACAACGGAACUGGAUUAAAUAAUGUAAAAUAUUUAUUUUAUGCUUUAGGCUAUGAUGAUAGAGUGUUCUUAAAAAUUUACAUAAAUUACAAGACUAUGACAAUAGAAUUACAUCAAUUACUUAAAGACAUUCAUUAUAUGUUCCAAUUAUACUUUUUUAUUAGUUUAGAACGAAAUGGAUCUUCUAUCUUUCAUUAUAAAUUCUUUGGUUCUUCAAAAAAUAAUAAAAAGCUUAUUAAUGUUGUGGAGAAAUUUCAGUUCAAUGAUAUAAUUCAUAUUUAUCAUGUCGAACCAGAUCGAUUAAAUUCAAAUAUGGAAGGAUUUAAAAAUAAGGCACAACAUAAUAAAUUUCUUUUGUCUAAUAAGGGUUUGCAGACUAUUAAUUACAAACACCCAGAAAAUUUGAAAACGACGGCCAUGAAAGGAGAUUUAAAACCUGACUCUUCUUUAAUGUUAAAGAAUAAAACUAAGGAAACCUAUGUUAAUGUUUCUUUUAUUAUUGAAUCGCCAAUUGAUCUUAGAAAAUAUUGCCUUUAUUUGAAUAAGAAAUGUCACACUAUUGUUGGAAAAGUCAUGAGCAUAAAAUUGUUACCGGAUGUUUACUCCGUUUAUGUAAAAGAACAAAUUCGUGGUAAUACAUAUAUCAGUGAGGUGAAGAAUCAUAAAAUUUCACAGUUCAUGUCAAUUAAAGUUGAAGUAAGGAAAGUUGAAAAAGAAAUUUCCCAAAAAAUAGAAAAUAAUUUAAAAUAUGAAUUUGAUGUUUUGGAUUUUACUGAUAAGGUGUUCUUAAAAUUUUUUAUUAAUUACAAGACUAUGACAAUAGAAUUAAAACAAUUGCUAAACACUAUUAAUGUGAACUUUAAAUUAUAUUUUAUAAUCAGCUUAGAACGAAAUGGUAUUUCUAUUUUUGAAAAUGAAUUCUUUGGUUCUUCUCAAAAUAGUAAAAAGCUGACUAAUGUGAUGGCUAAAUUUCAGUACAACGAUAUAAUUCAUAUUUAUCAUGCUGAACCAGGUCGUAGUAAAACAAAUUUUAAAGGUUUUAAUAAUAAAACACAAAAUAAUUACUUUAUUUUGUCACAAAAUAGUUUACAAACCAUUAAUUAUAACGGAACAGGAUUAAAAAAUUUAAAAUAUUUAUUUUAUGCUUUAGGUAAUGCUGAUAGGGUCUUUUUAAAAAUUUAUAUAAAUUACAUGACUAUGACAAUAAAAUUACAACAAUUACUUGACGAUAUACAUCAGAAGUUUCAAUUAUAUUUUUCUAUUACUUUGGAAAGAAAUGGUUCUUCUAUUUUUGAAUAUAAACUCUUUGGUUCUUCUCAAAAUACUAAAAAGCUUAUUAAUGUGGUGGAGAAAUUUCAGUACAAUGAUAUAAUUCAUAUUUAUCAUGUUGAACCAGAUCGAUUAAAUUCAAAUAUGGAAGGAUUUAAAAAUAAGGCACAACAUAAUAAAUUUCUUUUGUCUAAUAAGGGUUUGCAAACUAUUAAUUACAAACACCCAGAAAAUUUGCAAAUUAGGAGAGUGAAAGGAAUUUUGAAACCUGAAUCUCCUUUGAUGUUGAAGAAAAAAAAGGAGGAUAUUUAUGUUAAUGUUACUUUUAUCAUUGAAUCACCAAUUGAUCUUAGAAAAUAUUGCCUUUAUUUGAAUAAAAAAUGUCACACUAUUGUUGGAAAAGUCAUGAGCAUAAAAUUGUUACCGGAUGUUUACUCCAUUUAUGUAAAAGAAGAAAUUCGUGGUAAUACAUAUAUCAGUGACGUAAAGAAUCAUAAAAUUACACAAUUUAUGUCAAUUACGGUUAAUGUAAGAGAAGUUCAAAAAGUAAUUUCUCAGAAAAUAGAGAAUAAUUUAAAAUAUUCUUUUCAUGCUUUCGGUUUUGCUGAUAGAUUGUGUUUAAAAAUUCUUAUUAAUUACAAGACUAUGACAAUAGAAUUAAAGCAGUUGCUUAAUGAUAUUCAUAAGGUGUUCAAAUUAUAUUUUUCGAUUAGUUUAAAACGAAAUGGUUCAUCUAUUUUUGAAUAUAAUUUUUUCGGCACUCCCCAAAAUAAUCAAAGGCUUAUUAAUGUAGUGAAGAAAUUUCAGUAUAAUGAUAUAAUUCAUAUUUAUCAUGAGGAACCAAAUCGUUUAAAGUCAGAUUUUAAAAGUUUUAAUUCAAAAUCACAAAUUAAUAAUUUUCUUUUGUCAAAUAAUGGUUUGCAGACCUCUAAUUUUAACGAAGCUCAAAUUAGUCAUUUAAAACAUGUGACGCUUAACGAAAAAAAGGGCCUAACUCAAACUGAAUUAAAUAAUUUGAAAUAUUCAUUUCAUGCUUUUGGUUUUGCUAAUAGGUUGUUCUUAAAAAUUCUAAUUAAUUACAAAACUAUGACAAUAGAAUUAAAACAGUUGCUUACUGAUAUUCAUGAGGUAUUCAAUAUAUACUUUUUGAUUAGCUUAAAACGAAAUGGUUUAUCUAUUUUUGAAUAUAAAUUUUUUGGUUCUAAGCGACAAAAUCGUAAGUUUAUUAAUAUUGUAGAGAAAUUUCACUAUAAUGAUAUAAUUCAUAUUUAUCAUGAGGAACCAAGUCGUCUAAAGUCAGAUUUAAAAUGUUUUAAUAGUAAAUUACAAAAUAAUAAUUUUCUUUUGUCAAAUAAAGGUUUGCAGAUUAUUACAAAAUAGAAUUAAAUAAUUUAAAAUAUUCAUGCGAUGUUUAUUUGUUUGUUUGUAAAAACUAAAUUUAUACUUUUUCACCUUGGAUUCAUUACAAUAUGUACAAUUUAUUUCUUAAAAACACAAGGGACAUAAAAUUGUAUUCUUCGUGCGGAGAAUCACCUAUAUGUAUAUUUUACAUUUUUAUAAAAAGCUGUAAAUUUAGAUAUAAUUAUUAAUGUAAGAAAUUAUUUGUUAAAUAAAUAUGUGUUACCAUCAAUUUGUUUAUAAAAUCUUUCAUUAGUAGAAAAAAAUUUUUUUUUUAGUAAAAAGAGAACAUACAUCAAGAGACAUUAAAACGGAAUAAUUGGUUAUUAUUAAAUUAUCAAAUUUUUUUAUGAGAUCAAAACUCAAGCGGAGUGGUU